AUGACCAAUCUCACGAGCACUCUCGGGGUGGAAAACGCUUGGCGCAGCUACGAGACGACAGCAUUUGUUCACGUCCCAGAUCCGCAGGCCUACUCUUUGCGGCCGAACAAGGGCGUCGUUGCUGGGACAGAGAACGUGUACAUGCUCAGUGUGCACCACCAGCUGCACUGCUUGAAGCAGUUGCAUCUCGAUUUCGUGCGUUCGCUGGGGGCCACAGCACGGAACUCGACAGCCUUGGGGGGACGGGACAUGCAGGACUUGAAGCACGUUGAGCACUGCUUUGAAUAUCUUAGGCAAGCAAUCGUCUGUGCGGGGGAUGCUACGCUUGAGGGACCCGAUCCGGGCAGAUCAAGCCUUACCGGGAUCGGGGUCGUGCAUCGAUGCCGCGCAUGGGACGGGCCUCGCGGUUUGGAGACUUGGAGAAGAGCACAUCAACCUUAG